AUGUUUGCUCCGGUUGCCAGCAUCAUAGCCCUCGUUGGGCCUACCGCUGUUGGGAAGACAAAGCUGGGCGUGCAGCUUGCAAAAUCGCUUCAAAGCGAGGUCAUUUCGAUUGACAGCCUCCAGUGUUACAAGGAUGGCAGCAUCAUCAGCGCCAAAGUGAAGCCUGAAGAGGCAGAUGGAAUAGUUCACCACCUCGUUGACUAUGUCGAUGCACAAGACGAGCCCCACACAUUUAUCCAGGAUGCAAUCGAUUGUAUCCGGGACAUCCACAGUCGAGGAAGAGUUCCUAUCCUUGUUGGAGGAUCAACUUCUUUGACAAUCCCCAUUUUGCAAGCCGCAGUCGAGGACGGGAAAAAUCCGUUCAUCAUUAUUCUCGGGGAUACCCCCUCGAACCUUGAAAUUCGUAUCCGAAAACGCGUGGAUGAAAUGGUGCAAGAAGGGUUAUUGCGAGAAUUAUUCGGCCUCUAUAAGCUCGAAAAAGCUCUACUUGAAGGGCCACACUUCUCGCGUGGAAUAUGGAAGGUGAUAGGCUAUCGAGAGUUCUAUCCAUGCUUCACUAUGCCGAGAACGGACCGUGAACAGUUUUCAGAGCUGAUGGCACAAUGUUUGGCCAGGCUCAAAACGGAGACCGUUCUCUACGCCAACAAGCAAGUGAACUGGGCAUGUGACACACUCGUUCCUUUCUUGCAGACGAUGAAGAUACCGCAUGUGAGGUUACAAGUGGAUGGACAAUUUACUGGGGAGAAUGUGAUGGCGAAAGCGGCUCGGUCCUGUGCGUCCCACUCGGCUGCAUAA